AUGCGUGCAGUCCUACAGCGCGUCGCCUCUGCCUCAGUCGUCGUGAACGACGAGGUCGUGUCUUCCAUCGGGCGUGGUCUCAUGGUGCUCGUGGGCAUAGGAACAGACGAUACCACCGCCGACAUUGCCACUCUGAUAAACAAAAUUCUGUCGCUCAAAGUCUUCGAAGAUGCCUCUGGUCGUAUGUGGAAAUCAAAUGUCAAGGACAUCAAUGGCGAAGUCCUCUGUGUCUCGCAGUUUACGCUCUUGGCCAACACGUCUAAGGGCAAUAAGCCCGAUUUCCACCGUGCAAUGUCCAGUGAGUCCUCCAGGGAGAUGUAUGCUUCCUUCCUGGACCGUAUGCGUUCUCUAUACAAACCCGAAAAGAUACAAGACGGACGCUUCGGCGCAAUGAUGAAUGUUACCCUGACCAACGAGGGUCCUGUGACGUUCACGCUUGAUUCGCGCAAAUUUGAAUACGUUGGUCAGCCCAGUUCGGGAACAGCGGCGCCCGUAAAGAAAGGCAACAAAGGCGAAGCGACGAACGACAUGAAAGAAGGGCGGUCAGAUGGGUCCGGAGUAGGACCUGUGCGGACGGAGAGAGCGCAGUGA